AUGUCUUUAUCAGGAUCUAUAAAAUCCAAACUUUACAUUUCACAUUCUUCAAUUACAUUACCAAAGUCAUGUCAUGAAAAUAUAAUUCUAGAUCAUCCAUAUAAUAAUCACUUAGAAAUUUUUUUCCCCUCGAUAAUUAAUUUUCCUGAACAAAUUCCUAAUUCACUUGAUAGUGAAUUCUUUUAUUACAAAGUUGAUUUACCUUUAUCAUGGUUUAUUGAUACAAACUUUAUACAAAAUUAUGUUAAAGCUGGUCGUGUAGUUGCUUUAAGUUUGACCGAAGGGAUUGACAUUGCAAAUGUAAUUGCAUUAGACUUUUCAGGAAACUUGAUAUUAAAUUUGACAAAAGAUACAUACGAAGAACUUGGAUUAGAUGGCCAUUCAACGAAAUUCGGUCCAAAUAAACAAAGAUUUGUUGUUCAAAUUGAUUUAAAAAGAAGAUCGUUAAUUCCAGGAAAAAAGGGAUAUGAGAGAAUCAAAUGGUGUUUUAAUAAUACGUUAACAAAAAGAUUUACGUUUUUAAUGUCUUUUGUGAAAUCUACCGAAAAAAAGACGUGUGAAAUAGAUUUUCCAUCAUCGUUUAAUGCAAAAAAACUUUUAGGAAAAUUUGAUUUUAAUCCUAUACACGAAGGUAUUCUGAUUCCUGAUUUAAGUAUAAUUAAAAAUAUUUCAAAUGAAUCUCAAUGGAGAUUAGAUGCUGUUGAAAUUUACGAUUGGAUUGGAAUGAAUUCAAUCCAGGCACAGAGAAUUCAAUCACACGAUCAAGUGGAUCCAUAUAUCUCUGUUUAUAAACCUCCUGAACCGUAUUCGGAUGGAAAUGGAUCAUUCAUAAAAUGGUCGGGUUUCAUUCCAUCUUCGACCAUCAAAGAAUUAUUUGAUUCGGUUUUAAAAUUUCUACAAGAAAGUAAAGAUGAUAAGAUUUCAUGGGCUAUUAUUAAUGUAUGGGGAUUUAAAGAUUCACCAAUUUCUUGGAAUAAGCAAGAACACGGAUAUUUUAUGAAUGGUGAAAAUAAUUAUAGUUUUAUAAUUUAUAAUGAUGGGACUUAUGUACUUUAUCAAGCUCUUGAUCAAUUAUUGUCUUGGUUAUUAAUGACAGCAGAAUCCAAAUUAUCGACACAUGAAAUAACAUUCACAGCUAAUGUAGAAAAUAGUCAAGAAAGUCAAGUUCAACCGAAUCAAACUUUCCCAAUAGCUUUUUCACAAGGACAAGAAUCAGCAACACGAACUCAAAGCGAAUUUUUUCCAUUGAACAGUGUGAAAUCUAAAAUAAGAAAGAGGGAUGGUGCAAUUGUUACCGAAGAGAAUGAAAAGAAUCAAGAUAAAGGAACAAUUAAUGAUAAACGACAAAAAGUCAGUACAAUAAUUGCCGGAAACUACAAGAUGAUAGCAGAUACUAAUGGAAAUGAUAUCACGAGAUAUAGUAUAUUCGAAAUAAAUAACAUCGAGAAUAACCGAGAACUGGAGAAAAUCUUGGCGUUAGUAGAAUUUCAUCAACUCAAAAUCAUAGUCGUGACGACGAAUCAUAUCAAAGCACGGAUCGGAACUAUUUACACAAAGUAUGGAUCAAAUGAAGUAUUUAAUUUUAUCGAUCCGAUUUUUCGAGACAUAUUCGAAAAAUUACUGAUAGCCGUCAUCAACAAUGAAGAUGAAGCGAACGAAAACGAAAAUUGGAGAAAACCUUUUCAGGACAUUUCGAAAUUUUAA